GAGCUGCUGCAUGGCUGCAGGUUGUGUCUGGGGCUCUUGGGGCCUAGCACAGGUUUGGCUGCUGUCAGAGACCAAAAUGCCUCUGUUUUGUGAGGUAAUAGCUCAGAGGACAUUUAGGAGUUUGCGUGGGGUUGGCAUAUGUCCUGGAUGGCAAGAGUUACUGGAUGUUUCUGACCAGGUCAUGUUCAGAAAGAUUGCUGUAAAUUUAGAAAAGCCAGAAGAUACAAGAAAGACUCAAAGGCUGAAAAAUCUAUUUCACAGUGAUGUGUAGAGGAAUCUUUCCUGUUUACACUGCACAGGUGACCUAGUGAUGCUUUAUAACUACUGCAUGAGAAGAAGGGGGUUUUAUGAGCAGUUCACAAUGCAAAAACAUUGAAAACCAAAAAUGGGUUCUGCAGAUCUGCUUCAAAUUUUGAGAGCAGUUCAGUAUUCACAAGAGAGAAAUAAUGAAAAGUAUUAUGGACUCUAUGACCUUGUUUAUUCGUUGUUUAAACUGGGAAAUGUGGACAUGUGUAACAAGGAAAGAGGGGCACUUUACGAAGGUAGGAAUAGUUUCUGUUGCUGCUUGUCCAGUUGUGUUCCUGUGGGAUAGGGAACUUUACAUCAACUAGACCGUGCCCCUUUGGCAGUGAAGGGAAAUCUGGGUCUACAUCUGCACAUCUGGGAUUUUUUACAUCUGCAGAUGAAAGCUGAACCUGUGUAGGACAUGAGGGGAUGUCCUGGAAGGGAUCUGCUUUUGUUAGGGAGAAGCCAAUUCCAAGCAGCCUCAGGAUAUCCAAAUUAGCAAAGCACCUUGAAGAGUGCCAGCAGUACUUGAGUCCAGCAUUUGAACUUAUGGCCAAAUUCAUUACUACAAAAUACUGUCAUAAAUAAUUUAGACUUGUUAGCAUUCUGUGAAACACUCCAAGGGUGGUCCCAGCACUAGGAAUAAUUAAAUUUUGUAGUUCUGCAGGUGUUCUCUGAGAAAACUAAGCUUGGGUCAUGUGCUGAACAGGCAAAUAAACAGAGGUGUCUGAACAACUCCCUGUUCCCUGAGCGGGACAGGGCCCUGGAGAAACUGCCCAGUGUGACCCCCAGUGACGUAGCUCUGAACACCUGUGAGAGAGUAUUUCAUUUGGACUGGAGUUCCCACUCUUGGAAUUCUUGGCUGUGAGAUUUUAGCAGCUCUUUAAUGCCCAUUGGUGUUAAUUAUUAUGAAAUAGCUGGCCUUGAUGAAACUUACUGUCUUCCACUGCAGUCUAAAUGUAGUUGGGGUUGAUGAUACCCACUGAGGAAGGAAUCAGGAAUUUUCAUUGUUCAGGAUGAACAAAACCAGAUCUUGCAUUUCUCCAGAAGCCUUUUUUAUUUUAACUUGCUGUGUUUUUCUAAGUACAUCCUGAAGGGCAAGUCCUGUAAGAUGGGGAAAAUGUGAAGGAUUAUAUCCUUUCUAAUAACAGUAUUGGGAGUGUGGGAUAAUAGAGUGGGUGGUGCUGUGUGUGGAAUGGUCUAGGACAUCCUUGACAGGAUCAGUCCCUGAGCAAACUGAUCUAAUGCUGAGUUUUGUGCAGGAGAUUAGAUGAAGGACUCCAUGGGCCCCUCCCAGCCCAGAACUUUGUGUUCUCUGCUCACUGUGCUUUGGAAGUCUUUAGGUAACAGCUGGGAAUUCAGGUAAGGACAUGCUGGCUUCAGACCACCCUCCAGUGCCCACACAUCAUGGAAAUUGUGUAUUUACUAGUUUGGUUUAUCAAGGCUGAAACAUCUCAAAUAGAGUUUGUGUGCAGGCAAGGUGAGAAACUGCUGCUGGAGAAUCAGGUGGUUCAUAAAUCCUGUGAGAACUGGGCCUGAACGAGGUGUGGUUCAACUGGAACCCUGGGCAGGCAGAUGGAGAUCCUGACAAGUGGAUGCGGGUCUGGGAUCCCAGUUUGGGGGCCCCAGCCAACCCCCAGAACAGCCCUUUGCAAACUGAGUCUGGGAUCCCCAGGCAGCCACUGUUCCAGUAGUGCCACUAACCAUGGGAGCACUUGCCCUUGGCUGGAUGCUGCUGCCCUUUCCCUCUGCCUUUCCUUGGAUCUUGUGAGACAUCCUGAUCAGCUGGUCAGAGGUGAGAGAACCACAGUCAGAGGAGUUUCCUGAGUGCUCUGGUAAUGCCUCUUCAGGCAGGUUUGUCCCUCUGGAGUGAAUUGUCAAUAUGUUUGCAGCAACUGGGUAGUACCUGAUGAAUUACUGUGGUUUUUACUGUGUUUUUCAAUUUUCCACACAGAUUAACGUUACUAGCCAGGAGCUUUGGGAAGAAAUGCUUUGUCUCAAAGGACUCAUUGUUGUCGAUGUGUUUCAAGCCUGGUGUGGCCCAUGCAAACCAGUAGUGAAUCUGUUCCAAAAAAUCAAGAAUGAGGUUGGCAGUAAUCUCCUGCAUUUUGCUGUGGCUGAAGUUGAUUCCAUUGAUGCCCUGGAAAAAUACAGAGGACAAUGUGAGCCUGUCUUUCUCUUUUAUACAGGAGGAGAAUUAGUGGCUGUUGUAAGAGGAGCAGAUGCACCAUUGCUGCAGAAGACCAUCCUGAAACAGCUGGCACGGGAAAGGAAGGGUUUACGUGGAGGAGAGCCCAUGGUGGUGCCAGACAGCUUUUCCAGAGAGCAAGGAAGCACAGCUCCCCUUGAGGAGGAGCAACAGCAAGGACUAGCAGGUAAGGCAAGGCAUAGGUGUCGGAUGUUCUCUGGGCCUUGAGCUGGAACCUUUAAAAGCUGGAGCCUUCAGCACGGAUUCAGCUGCUGCUGGUUCCUACACCUGACACAAGGUGACUGGGGAGAGUCACCUUGAAACACACCCAUCGUUCGGGUGUCUGGCACUGUGAAACUGGGGUAUUUAUCUUUCCAAUGUGUUUUAUCUUACAUUUGCCCUGCCCUCCCCCCUCGCCUUCUGCCUGGCAAGGGCUCUUGGAGACCCCACAUGGCUUUCUGUUUCCAGGUGGUUUUUAAAAGAAAACACAAAUGCUUGGGCUCCAAAUCUGCUUAUACCAUCUCCUGCCUUGUCUAAAAUUAGCCACGAAUUCCCAAAGGCUUUUGCAUCGUCUCCUAAAAAGGGACAUUUUUUCCUUGGCUUUGCUGGGACAAUGCUGCAUCCUGUGCACACCAAAUCUUAGGCUCCAGAAUGUGGGAAUGGAACCAAAACCCGCCUGGCUUUAGCUGAAGCACCAUGGGAUGAAGGGGCGUGUGAGGGAUGUUGGUCUCUGCUUCUCCUUUCUCCGCCUAUUGUUAAUUUCGUUCAUUUUCUUCCCUCGGAGGCUGACGCACCCAUCGGGUCCGGGAUGACGACCGCAGCCGUGGAGCAGAUGCGACCUUUUUCAAUAAAUACAAGAUUUCCGUGCGGCAGCAGCA